UCUCAGUCCCAUCUUUCUAACCCCCGCCACCAGCUGCAUACAUUGCUCCUCACACUCGUUACUAAAGACCCAACACUGCUAACGCUGACGCGAAGCUACAGUCAUUCCAAGUCCUUCGUCAAGAUGACCACCAUCACGCGCGAAAAUGUCACUACACUCUUUCCCGACGUGCACACCCGCCUCAUUGGCGCCGACAUGGCACCGACUGCCACACCCGACGCCUCGUCGAACUCCUCCGAUGAUCUCGCCGGCUACGACGAAGAACAAAUCCGGCUGAUGGACGAAGUAUGCAUCGUCCUGGACGACAACGACAUGCCCAUCGGGUCGGCCUCGAAAAAGGCCUGCCACCUCAUGACCAACAUCAACCAGGGUUUAUUGCAUCGUGCAUUUUCGGCCUUCGUGUUCGACCCCAAAACCAAGAAACUGCUCCUCCAGCAACGCGCCUCUGAAAAGAUCACGUUCCCGGACAUGUGGACCAACACAUGCUGUUCACACCCGCUCGCGCACCCGUCCGAGACGGGCCACGGCGAUCUCGUCAGUAACGUCGAAGGCGCCAAGCGCGCUGCGAUCCGCAAAUUGAACCACGAGCUGGGCAUCCAGCCGUCGGAAGUGCCGAUUGAGAAAUUCAAUUUUCUCACAAGGAUACACUACCUCGCGCCGUCGGAUGGGAAAUGGGGCGAGCACGAGAUCGAUUAUAUCCUAUUCAUCGAGGCCGACGUCACUUUGGACAUUAAUAAAAAUGAAGUACAGGAUACGAGGUGGGUCAGUCCUGAGCAGUUGCGGCAAAUGUUCAAGGACGUCGAGUCGCGGAGUGGGAAGGACCAGGCGUUGAAAUACACACCGUGGUUCAGGCUGAUCUGUGAAGGGAUGCUGUUUGACUGGUGGGAGAAGAUGGCCGAGGGCAAGCUGAGUGAGGUCGCCAAUGAGACUCAAAUUAGGAGGAUGUUGGAAGCGGCCGAGAAGAAGUAAAGUGAGCUGAGCGGAGCUGAGCUUGUCUAGGGCGGUCACAGCGUGUUCCGGGGCUUGUCAACCAUGCGGGCGGAUGAACGAGGGAUGGGCAUAUGCAUGGCAGCAACAGGCGUUCCAGGCGCAGAAACAGCACACAGCAGGACAGAAAGAUAUGCAUACACGAUACCCGAUUGAACAGUUUCUUAGGGAGCGGACAAAACAUCCCACGUUCGCGAGGUCUCUUUGGUCGAUACUCCUUUCACACGCUGCCAAUUCUGCGUUUGACCUUUUCGACCGUCCACUUCAACCCCACGAGCCCCAACGCCCUCCACCAUGAGCGCCUGCCUAUCCUCCAGCCCUCCGUGACCGGCAACCUCUCCUCGACAAAGAAUGCGCGCAGAUAGUCACACCUCACUCUCGUCCCAUCGCCAAACACUUUCAAAAGCAGAGCAAUCUCGCCACAUCCGAGUUCGUGCUCGAACGCGCCGUAUUGCAACUCGGAGUUCUCCAGUCGUUGGGUCUCGAUCCUCCGACACCGUAGCGCGCAGAGGUCGUCCAUGCUGAAUGUCUUUCCGCCGUCGGAGGACGCACCGAGGAUUUGUUCGAUCAGAUCGGCUUGAGAGGUGUGGUUGUCGCCCUGUGCCAAGUCCCGGCGGGAUAGCGAGAUGUCGUGCUCUAUUGCGCCAUGGAGGGAGAGUUGGUCUAGGUUGAGGACUCUGACUUUGCGGCCAGCAAGGUCCGUUUGCAUUCGGAGGUGGCCGGGCAAGAGCACGCCGAGACGGUGAGGGAGGAGUUCCCAGGGGUUGGCGAAGAUGGCGCGGAGUCUGGAUACGAACGAGGGUUUUGGUGCAGAAGGAGUUGGGUGUUGGAGGAAGACGGCGUUACUGAACAAUGCGCCUAGGAAGGGACUGAGGCCGACGAGGGACAUGGCGGAGGAAAAGUCGGCGGCGCUGAUGUUUCGUCCGUCGUGAGGAAGGUAGCCGUGAUUUGCGAGCGCGUUGAUCAUGGGACACGGGCUACGGAGGUCGGAGGGCGAAGAUGGAGUGUAGGUUCCUUUGUCGAGAGGAGUGGUGUUUUCUUCUGCUGAAGAUUUGGCUAGGAAAGUGGGCGUAGACAUCCUGGGCGGCGUAGGCUAACGUGGUGGAGUGGACUGAAGGAUGGUGGAGGAGAUUAGAUGAGAUAUAUACACGGGAAGGUUUUCUCUUGCGAAGAGCUUGUAGAGAAGUAGUAGUAGUCGCAGUUUGCGAGGAAUGUGCUGUUCAGGUCGUAUAGAAUGCGCUGUUCAACUCGUAUAUCGAAAGGGCCAGUAAGGCCAAGGUCAAGUGGCAGCUGCGUCGUAGUCACGGGGCUGG